GAUUUCUAUUAGACUUCGGUUAAGGCAAAGUAUUCAGUUUCUACUUUCUAGCCGUCUGAUUCUACCGGCCUGGCUUAGUUUUAAAACAAAAGAAAACCCAAAAAAUAAGUUCUUUAAUACCGAAGCUACCUAGUAACAAGGAAAAGAUUUGGAUUCAGAAAUAUAUGUACAAAUUAAUCUUCUAAUUCCACACAAGAUAUAAUUGAUUGACUCCUUGACUAAAUCUCAUUCUCUCCUACUCGCUGAAUUAUCCUUUCUUUUGCUCUUCGUCUGCUUCACCAAUCUAUCUCUCCCUCCGACAAUGAUUAACGCGAAAUAUAUUCGUAUAAUCAUCGGAAUUAUUGGGAAUGUUCUGUCCACUUCGAUCUUCCUCUCACCUAUGCCAGAGUUUAUACAGGCAUACAAGAAGAAAUCAGUGGAGGGAGUUAAACUUGCUCCUCAUUUAGUGCUGUUGAUUAAAUGUAGUUUGUGGGUUUUGUAUGGUCUCCCUCUUGUUCACAAGGACAAUAUUCUCGUCACCACUAGUAAUGGUGUCGGUUUCGUUAUCCAAGUUAUCUACGUGGUUGUCUUUUGGAUCAACUGCGACGAAGAAUCACGUAAGGAUCUCGUGUAUAUAUGUCUUACGUUUGAGUUUUGUUUUGUGGCCGCGGUCUAUAUUAUUACUAUUUGGGGAUUUGAGAGUUCCGUCAAGCAUACAUUCGUUGGUGUUGUUUGCAACGUUUACAACAUUGGUAUCAUCUAUCUUUUCUUUACCAUAGACAAAAUGCCGGAGGGUACUAAGACCUUCAAAUACAUGCCGUUUUGGCUGUCGUUAGUUAGUUUCAUCAACGCUGGAAUUUGGACUGCUUAUUCUUUGAUCUACACAAUUGAUAUUUACGUCCUUAUAAGCAGCGGUCUUGAAACGUUCUUGUGUGCUUUUCAAUUAUUAGUCUAUGCUUCUUCCUACACUUUAGGCAAAAUCGACGUUAUUGUUUGAAGUUUGGUGUUUGGAUAAUAUUUUGGUAUGUUUGCAUGUAAGGACUUGAUAUUAUUACUAGGAGAGAAUCAACGAUACUCGCAUAUCUUCUUCUGUUUGUAAAUAAAUAUGGUUUUAGAUCUUUCAUUCGACUGUCAAAUUUUUUUGCGUU